CGGGCUGGCGGGUCCGGUAAGGCGGUCCCUUCGAGCGUGGUAGUUUGUUCCGUGAAGGGAGCGAGGACGGUUAGGCGCUCUCGGCCACCUUUCCGGCCCCGGGAGAUGUCCUUUGCUUCUCAGACGUAAUGCACUCUAAGUUUGUUAUUCAGCAGUGAAAAUGAGUCAUACAGAGGUUAAAUUAAAAAUACCUUUUGGAAAUAAAUUACUAGAUGCUGUUUGUUUGGUACCUAACAAGAGCUUAACAUAUGGAAUAAUUCUUACACAUGGAGCGUCAGGAGAUAUGAAUCUUCCUCAUUUGAUGUCACUGGCAUCCCAUCUUGCAUCUCAUGGGUUUUUUUGCCUGAGAUUUACCUGUAAAGGCCUUAAUAUUGUACAUAGAAUUAAGGCAUAUAAAUCAGUUUUGAAUUACCUAAAGACCUUAGGAGAAUACAAAUUGGCAGGUGUUUUCCUUGGCGGUCGUUCAAUGGGGUCAAGAGCAGCUGCUUCUGUAAUGUGCCAUAAUGAGCCAGAUGACGCUGAUGAUUUUGUUCGAGGUCUCAUUUGUAUUUCUUACCCACUGCACCAUCCAAAGCAGCCACAUAAGCUUAGAGAUGAAGAUCUCUAUCGUAUAAAAGAUCCUGUAUUGUUUGUGUCAGGUUCAGCAGAUGAAAUGUGUGAAAAGAGCUUGUUGGAGAAAGUGGCACAGAAAAUGCAAGCUCCCAAUAAAAUCCACUGGAUUGAGAAGGCAAAUCAUUCCAUGGCAGUGAAAGGACGUUCAACAAAUGACGUUUUCAAAGAAAUAAAUACACAGAUUUUGUUUUGGAUCCAGGAAAUCACUGAAAUGGACAAGAAAUAAUUGUAUUUAGCUAAAAGCCUUGUUAUUUUGAAUACAAAUAUAGUGCAUUUGAUAAAGAACAGCAUACCUCUCGGCAUUAUGAGAGAUUUCAGAUGAAUUUAAUGUUCCCCCAUUUUUAAAACAUGUUUUAAUUGUGAAAUUAAUGUGCUUUACAAAAUAACAGUCUUUUGAAAGCACUGUUAUAGUUGUAUAAAGAUGAUGUACAAAUAUUGAUGGUGGUCUAAAUAUAAUUUAUUUUCAUUAAUAUAGUUAAGUUUUGAAAAAAUUAAACAUUUGAAUUUUGUUAUCGUA